UCUCCUUCGCCUCCUCCUCCUCUUCCUCCUGUAUGAGUCAGGCAUUUCCUGGGGAUUUGGAGCAGCCACGCGCGGCCCGGGCGCUCAGAGCUGUAGCAGCCGCCGCCGCCGCUGCCGCGUUAGGAGCCCCAGCGCCGGGGCGGUCACUGGAGUCCCGGGCGCGCACGGACCAUGGAGAGGGCGGCCCAGGGCUCAGAUGGCGGCGGGGGCAGCAAUAGCAGCAGCCGCAGCAGCAGCCGCGCCACCUCGGCGGGCUCCUCGCCCUCCUGCUCCCUGGCGGGCCGGGGGGUCUCCGGCCGGUCGGCUGCAGCCGGACUCGGCGGUGGGGGCAGCCGCAGCAGCCCGGGCUCGGCAGCCGCUAGCCCGUCCGGGGGAGGCGGCCGCAGGAGGGAGCCGGCGCUGGAGGGCGUGCUCAGCAAAUACACCAACCUCCUCCAGGGCUGGCAGAACAGGUACUUUGUGCUGGAUUUUGAGGCUGGCAUCCUGCAGUAUUUUGUGAACGAGCAAAGCAAGCACCAGAAGCCUCGAGGAGUCCUGUCUCUGUCUGGAGCCAUAGUGUCCCUGAGCGACGAAGCUCCCCACAUGCUGGUCGUAUACUCUGCUAAUGGAGAGAUGUAUAAACUGAGAGCUGCUGAUGCAAAAGAGAAACAGUUUUGGGUGACUCAGCUUCGCGCUUGUGCCAAAUACCACAUGGAAACGAAUUCUAAGAUGAUGAACCAGGUGGAAGGACAGCAGAGGAACCUUGUACAGGCCAUCGAGUCUCUGCCGGGCUCUGGCCCCCUCACUGCCUUGGAUCAGGACCUGCUGCUCCUGAAAGCUACCUCGGCUGCUACCCUCAGCUGCCUCGGGGAGUGCCUCAACUUGUUGCAGCAGAGUGUGCAGCAGGUGGGCCAGCCCAGCCACAGGCCAGGGGCCUCAGAAAACAUCCUGGGAUGGCCCGGGCCCAAGUCACAUUCCACAGAGCAGCUGAAAAAUGGGACAUUUGGCUCUUUGCCAUCAGCCAGUGCCAACAUAACCUGGGCCAUUUUACCAAACUCCGCUGAAGAUGAACAGACCUUACAGCCAGACCCAGAGCCAAACUCAGGCCCUGAACUGGAUUUGUCCGAAGAUGAAAAAAGCGACACUGAAGAUCAGGAAGAGACAGAACUGGGCGUCAUGGAGGAUCAGCGUAGUGUAAUUCUUCAUCUCAUUUCACAGCUCAAACUUGGAAUGGAUUUGACCAAGGUGGUGCUUCCCACAUUCAUUCUGGAGAAGCGAUCCUUGCUGGAGAUGUACGCAGACUUCAUGGCACACCCAGACCUGCUACUGGCCAUAACUGCCGGGGCCACGCCAGAGGAGAGGGCCAUUUGCUUCGUGGAGUACUAUCUCACAGCCUUCCAUGAGGGCCGCAAGGGGGCGUUGGCCAAGAAGCCCUACAACCCCAUCAUUGGUGAGACGUUUCACUGCUCCUGGGAAGUUCCCAAGGACAGUGUCAAGCCAAAGAGGACUGCCUCCCACUCUUCUCCCAGCCACGAACCCCCAGUGGCCGAUGGCCCUUCCAAAAGCUACAAACUAAGGUUUGCAGCUGAGCAAGUGUCCCAUCACCCGCCCAUCUCCUGCUUCUACUGUGAGUGCAAGGAGAAGAGACUGUGCAUCAACACUCACGUGUGCACCAAAAGCAAGUUCCUGGGCAUGUCCGUGGGGGUCUCCAUGAUAGGGGAAGGUGUGCUGAGGCUCCUGGAACACGAGGAGGAGUACGUGUUCACCCUGCCUAGUGCCUACGCUCGCUCUAUUCUCACCAUCCCCUGGGUGGAGCUUGGAGGAAAAGUCAGCAUCAGCUGUGCCAAGACUGGGUACUCGGCCACUGUGAUUUUCCACACGAAGCCUUUCUAUGGAGGGAAAGUUCACAGGGUCACGGCAGAAGUGAAGCACAACCCCACCAACACCAUUGUGUGUAAAGCCCACGGGGAGUGGAACGGCACCAUAGAGUUCACCUACAGCAACGGGGAAACCAAAGUCAUCGACACGACCACCUUGCCAGUGUACCGUAAGAAGAUCAGACCUCUGGAGAAGCAGGGCCCCAUGGAGUCCAGGAACCUCUGGCGGGAGGUGACCCGAUACCUGAGGCUCGGGGACAUCGACGCUGCCACCGAGCAGAAGCGGCGCCUGGAGGAGAAGCAGCGGGUGGAAGAACGGAAACGAGAAAGCCUCCGCACCCCGUGGAAGCCCAAGUAUUUUAUCCAGGAGGGUGACGGCUGGGUCUACUUCAAUCCCCUCUGGAAGACACACUGAUGGGGUAGAGGUACAGAGCGUUCAGAAAGAGCCCUGCUUUUGUAGGAAUUAAAGUGGUACAGUAUCAAAGUUCUGCUGGUAUUCAUGGAGACCUCUUGAUAUCAUUCAAGAAAUGGUACCCAAGAGACACAUUAUAUACUGUGAAAAAUGCACCCCCAAACUCUACUAUAAGAUUGGACUUAUUCAAGAGCCAUUUGGGGCAUAUGUGUGUACACAGGUCUGUGUGUGAGCUCUCGGCAUACUACGUGUUCACACACAUGCAUUACGUAUAUGUCUGCUGGGUAUUAUUACACAUGUAAAUACUGCACUUACCAAGAUUUAAGUGGGUAAUCAUGAGCUCCUUUUUAUCCUAUGAGGUUUGGUGUUUUCUAUUUUUCACUUUGCCAAAAAUGUUUUGCACCCACACAAGUAUUCUCAUGUAAUCAACUCCUGUCAAAACAAAGGUGAAUUGGCAUGGCCUAGUUGACAUCCAUCUGGUAGAAAGUGGCUCAUUCCUGGUAGAAAUGUAAGUGGCUGUCAUUUCAAAAUUAUUGUUGUGAUCCCUACCUCCCUCCACACUUCAACAUUUUGUUUGUCCACACUCACGAACGAUAACCUGCUAUUUCCUGCUGGAUGGGAAGUGGGCAGGAAGCUAUUAAAUGUUUAUGCCAGAGCCUUCCAGGAUGGAGCACCUCUGGGAGAGCCUAGGGCCAGGCCCACCUUGGAAUUUUCCUCCCAUCUACUUGCCUCAAAUCUUUCUGACAAUUUCUCAUGCUCAAAGUACUAGUCACACACUUUUCAGAAGAUGCUUCUUUUACAGUAGAAAACAAGUCAUAUGGAGACUUCACUACUUUUAUGAUGAAAAAAAAAGGGCUUUAGACAUUAAAUACACGCAUACAUAUACUAACAUGCACAAUCACAGCCUCAAUCUUGUAUUUAGUUUGGAGAAAGAGGAAAGAAUUUCCUGUGGAUUUUUUUUCUUUUUAGCGCACCUCUAUUAUUUGAUCCAAACUCCACAAGAAAACCACUGUGAUUAAAACAUCCAUAAAGCCUGCACAGGUGUUCCAUGGUUUUAGUUGAAUUUCAGUCCUCAGCCUUUACAAAUGAGGUCAAGACAUGACUAGAAUAUAAAACAAGGAAAAAAUGAUGUAUUUGAUUUUUGCUCAAUGCUUAAUUUAUUUUUUACUGUGCCACUCUGAGACUAUUUAUAAAAUCCAGUAGCAUGAAUGCUUCUCUGUAGUAAUACUAAUUUUGUGCCUUUUGUCUGCUUUCCUAAGACCAAUUGUUCACACUUUGUAGAUAUUAGACAAAUAUAUUUCGAUUAAAUACUAUACCUGUGUCUGUGUUUUAUUAGGGAUUCAAAACUUCUGUUGGAAUUGGUGGCUCUGAAUGAGCUUAAAUUUUUUUGGUUAGAUAGUAUUAAUUUGAUGUGAACAGGAAUCUAUUUACAUCAAAACAGUGUUUCAAACACACUGAAAUAUCUACCAGAUAAAACUUAUUUAUGGAUAUUUUCUUCAAGUUCAUAAGAACAUUUAACCAGGCAAAAUCAUAAUGUAGGUCUGUUUAGGUCCAUCGUCUUACAGUAUCUGAGAGAAUAAAGUGUUUGGAACUACUGAGAGGGAAAACAGAAUAGAUGCUAUUUUGGAAAAAAAAAAAUCCUCAAUGAGAAGACUGAAAAGUAAUCACUGGUGUUAUUAGAUUUUCCAGUCUUACUUCAAAGUAUAAACCAUCUGGUAAGUAAACAUUGAGAAGGUUCAUUCUGUGUGUAGGGGGGUGGGGUGUGUUCAUUGCUUUUUACAAAACUGUUAAGUAUCAAAUACAGAUUUACAUAAAACAUUACAGUUCCAAGAAUAAUUAUAAACACCAUGUAUUCAAUAUUUAAGAAACCUGUUUGCCAGUACCUUAAAAGCCACAUUUGUACACCUAUAAAAUUGUAUUGCUUCGAUUCCAGACGUGACACCACCAGUGUCCUGACUCCUAAUCAUCCUUUUGGGAUUUGGUCUUUUUCCUGUCUCCAUACAUACUAUCUGUGUAUUUCUAAAGAGCACGCUUGGUUUUGCUGAUUUUUGGACUUUGUACUAAUGGAAUUAUAUCCUAGUUUGCUUAUUUGAGCUCUUUUGUUUUUUAGGCCAAUCCAAGUUGUUAGUUGUUGUUCUACUUAUUUUUUGUUGAGUUCUAUCUGUCCAAACUCUGUACCCAUUAGAUAGUUAACAUCUCGUUCCACCCCACUCUUUGUAACCAUUAGUAACCACCAUUCUAUUUUGUGUUUUUAUGAUUUGACUACUGUACCUCAUACAACAAAGUACCUCAGGUAAGUGGAAUGAUACUAUACUUGUCUUCUCAUGUCUGGCUUAUUUCACUUAGCAUGUGUUCAAGUUUCAUCAUAAUUUCCUUUUUAAGGCUGAAUAAUAUUCCAUUAUAUG